UCGACUCUUCAGGUCUGAUCAUUGUCAACAUGGCGCCGCUCACAUCUUCAACACGUGAGUUGUUCAUUUCGGCAAUUCGAGCUGUUUUGGAAACGUGGCCUGUGCUGCAAAUCGCGGUCGAUAAUGGUUUUGGUGGCGCAUAUAGUCAGCAGAAAGCGGAAUGGAUGGUGGACGCGUUACAGCAGUAUUUCAACAACAACGAUGACCUACAGCAGGAUGAAGUGGAGGAUUUCAUCUCAGACUUGAUGAAUAAUGAAUUUGACACGGUGGUGGAUGAUGGCAGCCUGCCUCAGGUGGCACAGAAGGUGUGUUUGAUGUUCCAGCAGUGUCAGCAGGGUAAACUGACAGAGGUCAGAGAGCAAAUCAGUCUGCUGGCACAGAAAAAGAGCGCUGGAAGGGCAAAGGUCACACCAACAGAUGAUGAUGAGGAGGAGAGUGAAAAUGAAGAGGCAAUGGAGUGUGAUGGAGCUGGCGAGGGACCAUCAGUCAACAGUACAGCAGUAAUGGAGAAACCGCCACCUCAGGUCGCAAGUAAUGAGGAAGAGGAUGAUGGCUGGACUGUUGUGCGCAGGAAAAAGUGACUGGACUGUAUGAAUGAGGAUGGAUGAAUUUUUAAGUUAAAAGACUUUUAAGGACUCUGCCUCUGGACUGCAGCCAAGACAGACUCUUGAAAACACCCAUUAUUUUGGGUCUGACUGCAAGUUUAAAAACACUUAGUCUGCUUUAAGUUUUUGCAGAUCAAAACGGACAGAUUACCUCACCAAACCUUGGGAGUAUUCUUUCAUACCUAGUUAAUUCAGAGUUAUAUCAUGUUUGCUACAGUCAGACUUUUGCCAAUGAAAAUUCAUUUGCAUAUGUUUUGAAAUUGGUCUUUUUUUCUCAAAGAUGCUAAAUUUAUACAAGUAACAGUAAUUUAUAUCUAAUUGACAGUUCAAGCCUGAUCUAUCCACGCCUGACUUCUUGGAUUCCAGUAAUUUAGCUUAUAACUUGUAGUGUUAUGUAUGCUGUGGUCCUUUGUCACCCCCUUGUGGUAAAAACAGUCAUUACAGCGACAAAUGCAGUGCUGGAUAUGAACCCUUGUGCCUCAAUAAAAAAGUUAUUCAGAGGUCCUUAGAGGACAAAAAUGUCCAUGUCAAAAACUGCCAUAAUAAUAUUCAUAUUUUCCACUUUCAAUUAGCAACAUAAUUUCUUGUAACCAACAUUAUUCCUGAUCAUAACUACCAAAUAUUCAAUCAUUUUCAGGAUUUUAAUCCUUUAAAUGUCAAUAAAUGUUCCAACAUAUCUAUCAAAUAUUAAUACAUUUUCAGGAGUUUUUGGUUUGUUUACAUAAUGCCACUGCUGUUUUUUGCUCUCUGACAUCCAUGCACACCCACACAAUUUUAGCUGCAUAAUUUAUUCAAUUGGCCUGCAGUGCUCUAUAAUACAGCAACAGAAAAUAAGAAAAAAGCAUGUAUUUGCUAAAUGGCGCCAUCUGGUGGAAAAUAUUUGUAAACAUUUACAUUUUGAAGCCAGGGCUCUGGAAUAAAAGUAUAAUAUCAUAGAAUUCAUGAUUUUAAUGCUUUAAUGGCACUGGGUUCAAAUAUUGCCAUUUUAGUUGGUUUCAAUGGGGACAUUUUGUCCUUAAGGUCCUGAGUGUAACUAUGUUGUGUACACAGUGUAUUAUAGAAGUAUUAUAGGAACGGAGGUUGUAAUAUGAAUAUUCCCCCAAAAAUACACACCUUUGGCAAAAUUUAUGCCGUUGCCAUUAACAGCCAAAAUGAUCGAAAAAGACAAAAAUGUCCUGAAGGUCGCACAAGAUCCCCUUUUACACUAUGCCUCGGAUUACCAUAUUUUUUCAGUCAGCAAAUCAUAAAAUAAAAUACUUUCCUCAAUUAUUUAUGCUCGUUUUAAUGUUGAAAAAUGGUCGUGUUGUGUGUGGUCUCAGCGUCCGAGAGAACAUUUAAAGUCUUACUGACUGCAAACACGUGAACUUGAGUGUUAAAGUGACAUUUCCACAGAUGUCAUGUUACAUAAAGCCAUGGAAAACCUGGAAAUAUUGGGGAAUAAACGCUCGUAUUUAUAGCGAGCCAUAGUGAUGUUUGAUUUGGUUCUUUUAAGUGAACCGGUUGUAACGGCUCGCAAAUUGGGCUAAAUGAUUAAUUGGCAAGUCGACUUUUUUUUUUUCUGGUUAUCAACUUUAUGCCACAAAUGUUGUUGAUUGAGCUGAACUUGUAUUCCUUUAAAACAUGCCCUUAUAUUUACAACGUCCACACAUUCUACACUGUUACAGUGAUCACUUUAAGAUUGCAAUAAAA